UGAGGCACAAGGCAACGGUUCUAUUCGGUCGGUAGAUAAAAAGUAGCCUAAAGUCUUUAGAAAGCCGCCAGUUCGGUAUCAGACGCUAAGUGAGAUACGAGUAUUCCAUACUAAGCGUUUUCUCCGAUCGGGCAGAAUAUAGUAAUUAUAGUGGAUGUUCCUAGCCUAAACGUGGCAGUUGUGAAUUUUAGAGAAGUGGAGGAAGAACUUUAUCUUUGCAUUCAAUUUUCCAGUCCUCAGUUCAGGGUGCAUAGUGGGAAGUUUAGGGUGCCAGCUAAGUAUGGAGUUGAAUAGUGUUGUUACUGAUGAUGACACAUAUAAAAUACCUCAUACACCUGAUGCACAAACUGAAGGUUCCAAUAAUUUCAAUGGCGACAUAUCUACUAAGACACGAUCAAAAAUGCUUUACGGAAUUAAUGAUGCUCCACCAUGGUACCUAGGAAUCUUCCUCGCUCUGCAACACUACCUCACAAUGAUUGGAGCUAUCGUCUCCAUACCAUUCAUUCUUACUCCCGCUUUAUGCAUGGAAGAUAGUGAUCCAAAUCGUGGUGUCAUAAUUUCAACAAUGAUUUUUGUGACGGGCAUAGUUACUUACUUUCAAGCAACCUGGGGAGUUAGACUCCCAAUCGUUCAGGGUGGAACGAUAUCGUUUUUAGUUCCAACUUUGGCAAUUCUAAGUUUGCCGCAGUGGAGGUGUCCACCAGCAGCUGAAAUUGCUGCUUUACAUGAAGAUCAAAAAGUUGAACUGUGGCAGGUUCGGAUGCGAGAGUUAUCCGGUGCAAUAGCUAUGUCAGCAUUGGUGCAAGUAUUUAUUGGGUAUACGGGUUUGAUCGGAAAGAUAUUGAGAUUUGUGACACCACUCACCAUCGUUCCAACUGUGUCACUUGUGGGACUGACGUUAUUUGAACAUGCAGCCGAGACUGCAUCCAAACAUUGGGGAAUUGCUGUUGGAACCACAUCGAUGCUGACUUUAUUCUCCCAAAUUAUGGUCAACGUAAGUGUUCCGUUGCUGGCUUAUAGAAAAGGAGUUGGAUUACAAAUAACAAAGUUUCAGUUAUUCAAACUAUUUCCGGUAUUAUUAACUAUUGCGAUAAUGUGGGGCUUAUGCGCCAUUUUUACGGUAACAAACGUUUUCCCACCCGGCCAUCCGGCGAGAACGGAUGUGCGUUUGAGUGUUUUAGAAGAUGCUUCAUGGUUCUAUGUUCCCUACCCAGGGCAGUUUGGCAUUCCAAGUGUUACUUUAUCAGGAGUACUAGGAAUGCUUGCUGGAGUCAUAGCUUGUACGGUGGAGUCAAUAAGCUAUUACCCAACUGUAUCCCAAAUGUGUGAAGCUGAAUCUCCGCCAUUGCAUGCAAUCAAUCGAGGCAUAGGAACAGAAGGUUUUGGAACAAUGCUCGCAGGUCUUUGGGGAGCAGGCAACGGCACUAACACUUUUGGUGAAAAUGUUGGAGCUAUCGGUGUAACGAAGGUUGGCAGUCGUCGUGUUAUUCAAUGGGCAGCGCUGAUUAUGGUCAUACAAGGAGUGAUCAGUAAAUUCGGUGCAGUAUUUAUAAUGAUUCCGGAUCCAGUCGUUGGAGGGAUUUUUUGUGUAAUGUUUGGCAUGAUCAUUGCUUUUGGGUUAUCAACAUUGCAAUAUGUUGAUCUGAAAUCAGCGAGAAAUCUAUAUAUUAUUGGUGUGUCGAUAUUCUUUCCAAUGGUUCUGUGCAAGUGGAUGCAAAAUCAUCCGGGAAGUAUACAGACGGGAGUGGAUACAGUCGAUUCAACCUUAUCGGUGUUACUUGGCACCACUAUAUUGGUGGGCGGUGUUUUAGGAUGUUUCUUAGACAAUGUGAUUCCAGGGACGGAUGAGGAACGUGGUGUAACUGCAUGGGCGCAACAUAUGCCACUAGAUACUUCCAGUCAAUAUCAAGAACAUAAGCCUGACUACGAUUUUCCUUUAGGCAUGAAUCUCUUACGAAGGUGGAAUUGGACUUAUUAUGUUCCCUUUUUGCCAACAUACAAAAUGAAAAAACCGGAAUGAAUGAGUACUUAAAUUUCCUUUGUUUUACAUGUGAUCAACGUUGUAUUUUAGCUUUACAAAAUAGAAACCAAAAAUUUUAGGAUAGUGUUUUAGAAUAGAUUCAUGUCGCAAUAUAGAUGCUGUAAAAUUGCACUUGUUACCAUAAAUAACUGCAAAAAUUCUGAGUGGAAGA